AUUCGCUCCUCGCUAUACAACCUUGACCACCAGUCAAUUUCAUUCGUUUCAGCACCUCAUCAACCUAAUCAACCUAAUACCCGACAAAUCAGUCAAGAUGAAGUUCGCUGCUGCCACCGUUCUCGCCGCCGUCGCUGGUGCCUCUGCCGCCUCCAACGUCUCGUACGUCACCGAGGUUGUUGAUGUCUACACCACCUACUGCCCUGCCGCUACCGAGAUCACCCACGGUGGCAAGACCUACACCGUCACUGAGGCUACCACCCUCACCAUCACCGACUGCCCUUGCACCAUCACCAAGCCCGUGAUUGCUACCUCCUCCGUCGUCUGCCACGACUGCGCUGCUCCUUCCCACGCCAACAACUACACCGUCCCCGUUGUCCCCACCAGCACCGCCGGAGUCCCCGUCACCACCCCCGGUGGCUCUUCUCCCUCCGAGGUCCCCGCCUCCGGUGCCGGCAAGGUCGCUGCCCUCUCCGGCGCCGGCCUCGCUGCCAUCGUCGGUCUCGCUGCCUUCCUGUAAAUCAGCAUCUAGCGCGCCUCGUCGCCGUCCACGUCUUACCUACGAUUUCUUAUGCGCGGUAAUACCUAAUGCCAUGGUAGCUUUCGCCAGCCCAUGACUGGAGGAGCGUUGUGGGAGAGUUA